AUGAGUUUCUCCUUUGGUUUCACUUCUGAGGAUUUCGAAGAUGACGUGUUAGUCGAUUCAAAUGGUACUGUACAGAAUGACAACACACAGGCUGAUAUAAAUCCUUUAGACAAUCCGAGACUCUUGGAUUCUGAGAUAUUUCAACCAAAAGUGGAGAGUCUAGAAGAAUAUCUGCAAUCAUUGAGAAAUGUUAGAUUAACGUUCGAAAAGAUAUUAACUCCAGAAACUCAAACUGCUCUAUACAGACGUGAACUAUUCGAUAUAAAGCAUCAAUUGAUGUCUGAAAAUGAUGACGGAAAUAACGAACUAGAUAUUCUUCUGAAAGAAGAUCUCAGGAAAAACGUAUAUGAAGGUGGGCUAAAAUCAUGGGAAUGCUCUCUUGACUUGGUUGAUUCAUUGAAGACCAACAAUGCUGAAUUUCAAGACACUGUAAUCGACCUGGGAUGUGGUACUGCAUUACCGUCUGAAUGUAUAUUCAGCCAAUACUUAGAAAAUGACUGGGCCCCCGGUUUAAAUCUCAUUUUAACUGAUUACAAUUCAAGUGUCCUGCGUUUGGCAAGUUUACCAAAUCUCAUCAUUGCCUGGGCAAAAAUCUGUCUUUCUUCAGAACAAUGGAUGAAUUUACAAAGAGCCAAUGAUGAAACCAUACCAAUUGUAGACGAUGAACUGUUAUUAACAGAGCAAUUGUUGGACCUAUUUUAUGAAGACUUGGGAAAGAGAAACAUUAAAAUAAACUUGGUAUCUGGUACUUGGGGUCGUAGCUUCCUCAAUGUGGUAGAUAACCUCCUCAAAAACACCAAGCAACUCUUGGUAUUGAGUUCUGAAACUAUUUACCAGCCAGAAAAUCUGAAUGUCAUUGCUGAAACAAUGAUAUACUAUAAACAAACCUACCAAGCUUCUCAAAUACUGCUGUCGGCUAAGGAUAUCUAUUUCGGAGUUGGUGGUAGUGUGGUCGAAUUUGAAAGAUAUUUAACUUCCAAAAAUGUUAGCUUCCAAACAUUCAAAGUAAGAGCUGGUCUUAAGAGAUCAAUCGUAAUUAUUAAUUGA